UCUCUGGGUUCUCCAGGUUCUCUGGGUUCUCCGGGUUCUCUGGGUUCUCUGUGUUCUCUGGGUUCUCUGGGUUCUCGUCCUCAGUCCUGUCUGACCGCGGAGCAGCUGGAGUCUCUGUACCGGAUCUAUGAAGGAACCUUCAGAACCAGGUCCCCCAUGGUGGGCGACAUGGCGCCACAGAUCCUGAAGCAGGACGGGGGUCAGAAGAACCGGGACCUCAGGCCGGAGGAACCCGUCAGAGGUUCACGUUCGCGUCACCACCAUGGACGCUGAACUGGAGUUCUCCUUCCACCCCAACACCACGGGGAAGCAGCUGUUCGACCAGGUGGCCCGGACCAUCGGCCUGCGGGAGACCUGGUUCUUCGGGUUGCUGUUUAUGGACGCCAGAGGGUUCUACAGCUGGCUGAGCCCGGAGAAGAAGGUGAUGGUUCAGGAUGUGAGGAGAGAGACUCCCCUGCAGUUCAAACUGAGGGCCAAGUUCUACCCGGAGGACGUGACGGAGGAGCUGAUCCAGGACGUCACCCGGAGGCUGUUCUUCAUGCAGGUGAAGGAGGACAUCCUGCAGGAGGAGGUCUACUGCCCCCCGGAGUCCGCCGUGCUGCUGGCCUCCUACGCCGUGCAGGCCAAGUACGGCGAGUUCAACAAGUUCGUGCACAACUCAGGCUACCUGCUGUCGGAGCGCCUGCUGCCCAAAAGGGUUCUGGACCAGCACAAGCUGACCAAGGAGCAGUGGGAGGACCGGAUCCAGAUCUGGCACAAAGAGCACGGCUCCAUGCUGAAGGAGGACGCCAUGAUGGAGUACCUGAAGAUCGCCCAGGACCUGGAGAUGUACGGCGUCAACUUCUUCGAGAUCAAGAACAAGAAGGGCACGGAGCUGUGGCUGGGCGUGGACGCUCUGGGGCUCAACAUCUACGAGAAGGAGGACAAGCUGUCUCCUAAGAUUGGAUUUCCCUGGAGCGAGAUCAGAAACAUUUCCUUCAACGACAAGAAGUUCGUCAUCAAGCCCAUCGACAGGAAGUCUCCGGAGUUCAUCUUCUACGCUCCGCGGCUGCGGAUCAACAAGCGGAUCCUGCAGCUGUGCAUCGGGAACCACGAGCUCUACAUGCGGCGCCGCAAACCCGACAGCAUCGAGGUGCAGCAGAUGAGGGCCCAGGCCAAGGAGGAGCGCCUGCAGAAGAAGCUGGAGAGGGACCAGCUGGAGAGCGAGAAGCGGAAGCGGGAGGCCAUGGAGAAGGAGAAGCAGCUGAUGGAGGAGGAGAAGCAGGACCUGGUGAGGAAGCUGUCCGAGUACCAACAGUCCAGCAAGAGAGCCGAGAGAGAGCUGCAGGAGCAGCUGGACCGGGCCGCCCGGCUGGAGGAGGAGCGCAGGAGGGCGGAGCAGGAGGCGGCCCGGCUGGAGGCGGAGCGGCUGGAGGCCAUCCUGGCCAAGGAGGAGCUGGCCCGGCAGGCGGAGGAGCAGGUGAAGAGCCAGGAGCAGCUGGCUGCAGAGCUGGCGGAGUACAGCGCCAAGAUCUCCCUGCUGGAGGAGGUGAACCGGGCCAAGGAGGAGGAGGCCAGCAGCUGGCACAGCAAGGCUGUCAGCAUGGAGGAGAAUCUGGUCAGGACCCAGGAGGAGCUCUACACCGUCACGUCCUCCACCACCAUCACCACCACGGUGGUGGAGGUUCCUGAGUCCCGCUCCCGCUCCCGCUCCGCCUCCUCCUCCUCUUCCUCCUCCUCCUCCUCCUCAGAGAACGAGAGCGACCAGGAGCACAGCGAGGAGAACAGCACCUACAGCGCCGAGCUGCAGACGCCGGAGAUCCACGACCACCACGAGGAGGAGCGGCUGACGGAGGCCGAGAAGAGCGAGCGCCUGAAGAGGCAGCUCAUGGCCCUGACCUCUGACCUGGCCGGCGCCCGAGACGACAGCAUGAAGACCCAGAACGACCUGCUGCACGCCGAGAACGUCCGGGUGGGCCGGGACAAGUACAAGACGCUCCGGCAGAUCCGGCAGGGCAACACCAAGCAGAGGAUCGACGAGUUUGAGGCCCUGUAGGCCCCCGUAGGCCCCUGUAGGCCCCCGUAGGCCCCUGCAGGCCCCGAGGGGCGGGGGGGGGGGGGGCUCCCGGGACCCGGGGACCCGGCUCAUGGAUUCACUCCAGGCUGAAGAUCCUCCAGGAACAAACCUGCAGCAGGAAAUCCGCCUCCAGCUGAUUGACUGUGAUUCAACAGCAGCUCGGUUCUGUCAUGUGGACCCAGCUGAACCUGAAACCCAAUAAAACCACCUGAGACCCUGCUGCACCGCUCAUUCCCUGCUCUCAUGGAUUCAUCCUGUCAUUCAUCCUCUCGUUCUCUGUUCCUCGUCCGGUUUCUCUCCGUCUCUCUGAUAAUCUCUCGGUUAAACUUCAGUGAUUUUAUGGUUUUAUCUGCAGCUCUGGACUCUUUCACUCACCAACCUUUACACCAGAGCUGCCUUUGCCUGUUCUGACCUUUGACCUUUCUUGCUCCAUUGCUCCUAUUUGACCUCUGCAGCAGAUACAGAGCUGAAACUUGAGCUCUGGAGUUAUAAAACUUUUCCUCCUCACACACGGCGCUGCUGGUGCUGUGCUGCUUUCACAUUCAC